AUGUGCGAUUUGCGGACUGGCAAUCAGAAGCCGAAGCAGGCUGAGCCGUCCGCUGUGACGGUCGUUCUGCCGAAGAAUGGGGUUGCUCAGCCGGCGGUGAUGCCGCCGCCGGGGAGGCCUGGCCGGCGGACCAACGUGCUGGAGGGCCUGAAGGCGGUGCUGAGGACUCUGUGGAGUAGCCGCUGGGCGACUUACUUCAAAAAACCGGUGAACGCGGCUAAGCUCGGCAUUCCGGAAUACUACGAUGUGAUCAAAUAUCCCAUGGACCUGAACACCAUACGCCUGCGCCUGAACAACAAUUACUACUGGCGGGCGAACGAGGCGCUGGAAGAUUUCGAGCUGAUGUUCGCCAACUGCGAUCGGUUCUAUGCGCAUGGAUCACAGGUGCGCGCUGCCGGCAAGCAACUGUGCAGCAUCUUCAAGACUUUUCUCUCCAUGAUUGACCUGAGCAACGAGACGGAGCUGAAGUCCAAACCGUUGCUUAAGGCUCGCAAGACACGGCCACUGCAGCCAGAGAGUGCGCACCCAAGUUCAAGCAAGUUACCUAGACUGGGCAGUGACGAGGCCCAUGACGAGGCCCAUGACGAGGCCCAUGACGAGGCCCAUGACGAUAGCGACGAUAGCGAGUCUGAGUCUGACGUUGACGAUAGGCCGUACUGUAAGGCGAUUGAGAUAGAGUCGGCCACGAAAAUACUGAUCGACUGGCAGAUGUAUCUUGUGGAGAAGAACCACUCGUUGCGGCUGCUCGACUGUCUGACCAAGCGCAAGCGGGCCCUCAUCAACUGGCCCUUCCGCUGCAGCGAUCUGUGGCGCGAAUAUGGCCAGAAUCAACACUACAACCACGAGGAUAACCUGAGCUGGGGUACAUUGCGUUACAUGCUGAAGAACAACCAGAUCGAGAGUUUUGAGCAUUUCAUCGAGAAGCUGAGGACGAUGUUCCAGAAUGCCUUGACCUGUUUUCCGUUGGAUGCAAUGCUGAUCGAGGCGACGACUGCGAUAAAUGAAGUUCUUGAAUCACGUUUGGGUGCAUUCCGCCGCUCUUUGGUCGAGGCGAAGAAGCGAAUUCGGUAUUCGGCGAGCAAAAAGCUUCGAGAUUAUAGAUUAAUUAUCUCACAGCAUGAGAGUUAUUUCAGUUCGGAAGAUAGAUUAUACCGAUACCGUUAA